CCACAAAUUAAAUUGACACUUCUCCUCUCUGUUAUCCUUCCCAUUUUCAAGAUUUCUCUUUUCACAGUUCAUCUUGUUAUGUUUCACAAAAACAAAAAACAAUUUGUGUACAAAAUGUUGUAGCUCUUUAUGAGACCUUAAUAAACUCAAUUUAGUACAAAAAGAUGAAUUUAGCUACUACAAUGUCAGCAUCAGUUUUAAAUUACCAAAUCUUGAAAUUUUUCCCACCACAGAAAAAUGGGUUCUUGAAAUCUCCAUUGAUUAGAGGAAAAAGUUGCAGAUUUUGUGUUUCUGCAAGUUCAAAUGAGUUGAAUAAACAAGUAAUUGAAGACCCAAAAGAGGAGAUUCAAGUAAAAAGUGAUGGGGUUAUUGUUAAUAGUACUGAGGAGGAUGAGGAAGAAAGAAAUGGGGAAAAUUCUACUUCUACAGGUCCUAGUACUGUUCUUGAUAAUAAAGAACUCAAAAAGGCUGUCCUAAAGACUGCUUCAACCUUUGCACCAAGGGCUUCCACUGCUACGAAAAACCCUGCAAAACCUGGAACUGUUUUAUACACUGUUUUUGAAGUGCAAGCCUAUGCUUCAAUGUUGAUAGGUGGAGCUCUGUCCUUCAAUCUCAUAUUUCCGUCAACUGAACCUGACAUCUGGAGACUAAUGGGAAUGUGGUCCAUAUGGAUGUUUACUAUACCUUCCCUUCGGGCUCGAGACUGCUCGAAGGAUGAGAAAGAAGCUCUCAAUUAUCUUUUUCUCCUAGUUCCCUUGCUUAAUGUUGCAAUUCCGUUCUUCUUGAAGUCAUUUGCUGUCGUUUGGUCAGCGGAUACUGUAGCAUUUCUGGGGAUGUAUGCUUGGAAGCUCGGAUGGCUACAGAAAGAGCGAUGACAAAAGAAGUGAAGGAUCAGUGGUGCUCUUGUAGCUUCAAUUACGUAGCUCAUUCAGCUGAUAUAUUCAACAAUGGCUGCUUAUGUUUCACGUCGACUCUGCUAUAUCAUGAUCCGUUUGAAAAAUGAAGCAUCUACAAGCACAGUAAGAAUAUCUCGGAUCAAGUUGCCUUACUUCCCUCCUUUUAUGUAUAGACAAUAGAUUGUGCAGAUGAAUUUUUGAAGCCCUAAGAAUACUUCUGAGAAGUGACUCUUUUAUGUUUACAUUGAAAUAAACCGCUUUAGCUCGAAGUAAACAUAAUCAGAUACAAUUUGGUUGAUUAGUUACACUUUAUAUACUUUGUAGGUCAUCUUAA